CCCGCGGCCGGGCGGGCGGCAGGAGGGUUCUGCAGUGCUCCAGGAAGCAAGUUUUGAAGCAGGAUGGGAAAAAGACGCUGUGUUCCUCCACUUGAGCCCAAGCUGGCAGCUGGCUGUUGUGGGGUAAAGAAGCCCAAAUUGUCUGGGAGCGGAACGCACAGUCAUGGGAAUCAGGCCACGACAGUACCGGGCUCCAGUUCAGGUCCUCUUCAGAACCACCAGCAUACAGAUGCGAACAAUGGAAGGGAGAACGUAUCUGACUUGACUUUGGGCCCAGGAAAUUCCCCAAUUACUCGAAUGAAUCCCGCUUCAGGAGCUCUGAGCCCACUUACUCGGCCCAAUGGAACUGCCAACAGCACCAAGAACCUGGUGGUGACAGCGGAGAUGUGCUGCUACUGCUUUGAUGUACUCUACUGUCAUCUCUACGGUUUCCCUCAGCCACGACUUCCUCGAUUUACCAAUGACCCCUAUCCACUCUUUGUGACGUGGAAGACGGGGCGAGACAAGCGGCUUCGUGGCUGCAUCGGGACCUUUUCAGCCAUGAAUCUUCACUCAGGACUCAGGGAAUACACAUUAACCAGUGCACUUAAGGACAGCCGAUUUCCACCCCUGACCCGCGAGGAGCUGCCCAAACUCUUCUGCUCUGUCUCCCUCCUCACUAACUUUGAGGAUGCCAGUGACUACCUGGACUGGGAGGUUGGGAUCCAUGGGAUCAGAAUAGAGUUCAUCAAUGAGAAAGGUGUCAAACGCACAGCCACAUAUUUACCUGAGGUUGCUAAGGAACAAGACUGGGAUCAGAUCCAGACCAUAGACUCCUUACUCAGGAAAGGUGGCUUUAAGGCUCCCAUUACCAAUGAUUUUAGGAAAACGAUUAAGCUCACCAGGUACCGCAGUGAGAAGGUGACAAUCAGUUACGCAGAAUACAUGGCCUCCCGUCAGCAUUGUUUCCAGAACGGCACUCUUCAUGCCCCCCCCCUCUACAAUCAUUACUCCUGACACACGGCUGCAUGACCAGUCCCACCCCCCAGUUGCUGCCAACGGCUACGACAUCAUUGGGGCGGAUGCCUCCUCUUCCUGGUCCAGUUACUUCUAUUACUGCACCAUUUUAUGAUGCUAGCUUCCGUUGCCAAGUCUGCCUUCCAGCUGACCUGGGGGGAAGAUGAGAGCAUGACAGGACUUCUGGGGCCCAAGCCUUAUCUCAGCCUUCCCUCCGCGCGGGGGUUCAGUUGGAUCGGGGCUCCAUGCCUAUGAACUGUCGUGAGGUGCAGAAGACCUCUCGGAGUGAAAGUGCCACUUGAGACUGGUCUGUUCUUGUGCGUGACCGACACUCCAGAACCUUGAGCUGUUGGUUAUGGAAGCCCCCCAGAUCAAGUAGGAGCAUUCCCCUGGCAGCCUGGGCAACGGAGUCCAACAAAACAUUUUUUAGGUUCUUUUUAAUUUUUUUUAACCUCUGGUAUCUGUUGUGUACCAUGAGCUGAUUGCAGUCCCCACACAUCAUAUGGGGAGGGUUGAACAUCUGGAUAGCACCCCAUCCUCACGGACAGAAAACAGUUACAGAUGCGAAAAACCUUUGGAUGGUAUUGCAGAUGAUUCCAAUAUUUAAAUAAACCCUAGAAGGCUUUAAUUCUCAGAUUCCACCUAGGUUGGAAUCCACCUAGGUAGGCUGGAUUCUCUAGAACUCCUUUUGGUUUACUGUUUGCUGGUUUUUUAGACAGUGCUUUGUAACGUAGCCUGCUAUGAAAUAGAAUGCUGUUAGCUCUCUAAGAGAACAAACCGUCGUGCUGCGUAUGUGAAGGACGAGGUACUGGAGUGUACCCUGGACAGUCUUCUCUGUUCCUACCAAGUUUUGUAUUGAAACAUUUGUAACAGAGCCUGAUUGGAUUAGGGAUGGGGAGGGGGGUUGCAGAGAAUUGACUGUAGUCAUGCAAGGGAGACAAGUGACUGAAAUUUGUUUAAUUUAAGAAAACAGUCUCGGGGACCUUCCUUUUGAUAGGACAGCCACUUGCUCUAGUGUGACUUUUGAUCGUGAGAAUUGUCAGUGUUCUAGUUUAUAGCAGGCCUUGGGAAUAAAACUGUAGUUUUGUUGGUAAGCUAUCUUAUACAGCUUUUUCAUUACCACAUCAAGGCAAUGAGCGAGGAAAAUGUAUACUACCCGAACUGUAUGGAUCUCACGUGCACUCUGUACUUCUUCUCCUAUCAUUGAGGACUGCAAGAAGUACUCUAGGAGGAAGGUAUGUUAUCUAGUUACUUGUGCAGCCUCAUUGAGGGAUGCCGUCUCAGUGAGGUCACUGGACUACAAAAUGUAAUUUUUUCCAAAUUCCUGGAGGGUCAGCAAUGAUGAGGAAAGAAAAUACAAGUGCAUAGCAGAGUAGUGGCUAUUUGGCUGCAUAUAGCUUUAAAGUUUGCUUAUGAGUGGUAAUGAUGACUUUUUAAAUUGGCUGGUGUUCCAAGCCUGAAAUUCUCUCCUGGCGUGGCAGGGAAUAGGGCUGGUAGAAAGCUCAGCACUGCAUGCUGCUGCUCCUUCGGGUCCUAGAGAAGCAAACAGGAUGGUGCAGUUUUGCCUGGUGGCAGUGUCGUGUUCUCCUGCUGCUGGAGGAGAGGAAAGGAGGAGGUCCUAAUCUGGAUAACUGUGCAAUAUCGACCCAGCUUUCCUCCAGUACUGGGUCAUUCUUCUAAGUUGCCACUUUUCCCUUGUGAUGUUGUUGAAAAGCAAUCGAAGAUUAAGGGAUUGUUUCGUUAUUUCCUGCUGCUGAGAAUAAAUCGGUCUUGUUACAAACUUGAGUGGUUUGUAAUUACUCUCCCAGGUGCCCUGCAGUGAUGGGGGAGGGUGGGGUCAGCUCUGGACAUACCAUUCACCUUUCAGCUGUCAAACAGUAUGAUACAUAGGGCUACACCCAUUACUGUUCAAGUGUUCUAUGUUAGAAUUUAAUUUCUAAAAGGUUUAAAAAGAGCAAAAAAAUGGUGCUAAAACUUCACCCCUGAGCACGCUCAGUGAGACUGGUCAUGCAGGCAUUUAGUGCCGGGCUUCUCAACUAUUGUUUCUUUUUCAACUGUUUGCCCUGUUCUGUCUUCAGCAGUGUAUAGUGUUUUCCUGAUUUCAUUUUAUUUGAAUAGGGGAUGACUAAGGGGUGGGGUGGGAAGGGUUAGCUGUCAUUUUUAAAGAACAGAAUUUUAUGAUUGAGUGACUCGGUUGGUUUAAGCUUGAAGCGGGCUAGAUGGUUUGGGACUGAGGAAGCCUUAUCCUCUCCCACUUCCAUUUCCCUGCUCGGUCUGUUUAAAAAAAAAUACAAAAAAAAAAACAAAAACACCUCUAAAUAUGUACUGUGUUCUUGUCUUGCUGCAGUGAGAAGAGAAGCUAGUAAAUCAGAACCACUGGUCUGCUGCCUAAGAAACGGGCCCUCUCAGCUUUAGUCCCAUAAGGGUCCAGCUCUAAAAUCAGUCAAAAAAAAGUGUGUCGAUAGUUAAAUUAGCUCAGAAAAAAUGUAUGACAAGGACAGGUGGUCUCAGGAAAUAAUCCCAUUUCUAGAUCAUUACAUGGCAGCUAUGCAUAAGGAUGAAAGAAGUGAACUAGAAACAAAAUGUACUUUGAUUGGCCUCAAGAUGGAGGUCACAAAACCCAGCGAUUUAAUAAUUUUUUUCUGGGGUUACUUUGCUGGGACAGCAUGUUAGAAAUACUCCUUCUCAAAGCAAUUGUCACCUGGUUUGAUCUGGAUUUAUCUCAUCCUUAGAAGCAAGUGCCUUUUGGUCUAGAAGGGCUUAUUCUCAUGAUAACCACAGCUGAGAAAAAAUCUCACUGCAAGUAUGAAUUGUCUUUGUUUUACAGUAAAUACAGAAGAAUGUCUUUGAUCACUGGAGUCUGUCAGUGUUGGAAUGUUUCCACUGUGAGGUUCUUAAAUUUUUUUUUCAUUAUGUUCAACUGUCAGUCUCAACUGAGAUCACUUCAGUUUGGGAAGGUUUUAUGGUCAAAAUAUCACAUCUACAAUUUAUAAGAAAAAUCUGUAAGAAAUCUAAAAGUUCAUUUUAACCUUUGCACAGGAUAAUUUGUUUUCAUAGUAUACUAAUGAACAUCUGCAAUCUUCACUGACUAUUAGUGCUGUUUUCUGUUUGUAUUUUGGAAACUACAUGUUGUUUUGUUUUGGGUUAUUUUUGGUUAAUUUAUUUCCUUAAAGCAGGAGACCUCUUUUGACCUUCAGUGCAGAGAUGUCAGACCAAUUAUUUGUAUUACACUUGGUUGCCUCCUACCUAUAUAAUAACUUCUGAGUGUAAAUAAUUGAACUCUAUCCUCUAAUGAAGUAUUGUAGAGAAUAAAUCAUAAUGGAAAAA